GAGGACAUGUCAGAGAUGUUGGCUCAGAGAGAGUUGUUGCAAUGACUCCUUGAAGGUUUCUGUCCUGCACUUUCUCUAUGGGUCUGUAGAGCUGCUGCCUCCACCGGCCUCUGCAGGAGGUGGACCUUAGAUGUAGAAUGACCCAACAAAUGAGUCCUCUGUGCCUUACGAGUUCCAAGUGACGACAACGUUUUCCUGAUCGCAACUGUCUCCAGUAACCAGUGGAGGGGAUGAGGCGGGCGGGGGGCCUUCAGCUGGUUCUGUUUCUGGCCUUGACCUCCAGAGCAGCAGGCCUCAGUAUCCCUCUGGAAGUGGAGCAGCCACCGACCAUAAUAACUCAAACCUCUGGUCCCGUCAUUGGCCUUCCCUUCGACAACUUUAUCACCAUCAGGUGUGAAGCCAAGGCCAACCCCCCACCACAAUACAGAUGGACAAAAGAUGGCGAGGACUUUACUCCUCCAUACAUCCCCACCAACAACACAGGUGGAACUUUUGUGCUUCACUUCAAACAGCUCACCCAGUUCCAGGGUAAAUACAGAUGCUAUGCCUUCAACAAACUGGGAACUGCCAUAACGGAGGAGAUUGAACUGAUGGUUCCCAAUAUCCCUAAGUUUCCAAAGGAGGAAAUUGAUCCGGUUGUUGUUAUGGAGGGAGAGCCAAUCCUCCUGAAGUGCAACCCUCCGCAGGGUAUGGGUCAGCGGCAGAUCUACUGGAUGACUAUUGAUCUCCAGCACAUUGAGCAGGAUGACAGGGUGUCCAUGGACGUCGACGGCAACCUGUACUUCUCUAACGCCUUUCAGAAAGACAGUCGGAAGGAUUACUGCUGCUUUGUCGCCUUCUCCAUAUUUCGCGCCAUUAUCCAGAAGUCCCCGAUGGCUGUCGUGGUCAAGAGCUUGAAACCUGACAACAAAUCUGCUAACGCCAGCAAUGCCAUUGAAGCCCCCCCAGUGAGAAAAGCUGGCCUGCUGCUGCCCUCUGGUGUUCAGACAGAGAAGGUGCUGUUGAAGGGGAGAGAUCUGAAGCUCGAGUGCAUACCAGAGGGAUUUCCCACUCCGACCGUGAAAUGGAUAAAAAUGGGGGAAGACCUACCAGCAAGGACAAAAUUCAAAAACUCUGGAAAGCUGUUGACCAUCUCUGCAGUAGAGGAGAGGGACCAGGGGAAAUACAUGUGUACCGCGGAAAACUCUGGUGGAAAAAUUGUCCACUACUUUGACGUCAUAGUGGAAGAGCCGCCAAAGUGGCUGACAGAGCCUCCUCAGAGCCAGCUGACUGUGAUCGGGGCUGAUGUUCACAUCAAGUGCUCGGUCAGCGGAAAACCACUGCCAGACAUAAGGUGGAGGAGGAACGGAGAAUUGUUCGAAGAUGACCCUGGGAGCAACAGGCGAGUGCUCGACGACACUGUGUUGCUGCAUAACGCCAGACAAGAGGACAGUGCUGUGUACCAGUGUGAGGCCUCCAACACUCAUGGCAGUAUUCUGGCCAACGUUAACAUCAUGGUCACGAAUGUGACUCCUCUGAUAUUGACGAGGGACUACCAGGAGUAUGAAGUAAUACUUGGUGAUCACAUCAUCAUGGACUGCACCGUGUUCAGCUCUCCACCAGCGACCAUCACUUGGGCCAAAGACUAUGAUCCAGAAGCUAUCAAGGGAGGGCGAUUUUUGUUUCUGCAGAACGGAGCGUUGCAAAUCAUCAGAGCAGAAAAAGACGACAGCGGGGAAUAUGUGUGUGCCGCCUCUAAUACGGAGGGGGAGUCGGCCGUCACUGCUCUGCUGGAUGUCAAAGACCCUACGAAAAUAGUAGCUCCGCCUCAGGACGCGGAGAUCAUCAGUGGGAGCACAGCCCAGUUGACGUGCCAGGUAGAAUAUGAUAAAACCCUGCGGAGCACCUUCCACGUGGUGUGGAUAAAGGAUGGGGAGGAGAUCCUGACUUCCUUUGAGGAGAAGUCCAGAUACUUUAUGGACGAUGGCAUGCUGCAGAUCAUCAAUGUGAACCUGAGUGAUCAAGGAAUAUACACAUGCAUCGCUAGAACCAAUCUAGAUGAGGACAAUGCCGCUGCACAUCUCACUGUACUGGACGUUCCUGAUGCUCCAAAGAAUAUCGAGCUUUCUGAACAUAAGGGCCCACGGAACGUCACAUUGUCUUGGAAACCUGGAAGUGAUCACAACAGCUCUGUAACAGAAUUUGUAGUGGAGUACGAGGAGAGCCAAUGGGAGCCCGGCAGGUGGAGGGAGCUACAGAAAGUCCCCGGUAACCAGGCAACAGCCGAGCUGGCACUAAAUGGACACCUCAACUACCAGUUCAGAGUGUAUGCUGUGAACGCGGUCGGACCCGGACCCCCCAGUGAGCCCACUGAGAGAUACAAAACACCCCCUGCUGCUCCUGAUAGGAACCCGGAGAACAUCAAAAUUCAAGGACACCUUCCUCAUCAAAUGGACAUCACCUGGGAGCCGCUGCGGCCGAUCGAACACAACGGCCCGGGCCUGGAGUACAAGGUGAGCUACAGGAAACUGGGGGUGGAGGACACCUGGAAGGAUCACAUGGAGAAGAGACACUCGUUUGUUUUGAGGAACACGAGCACGUUCGUCCCGUACGAGAUCAAAAUUCAGAGCAGGAACAGCCACGGGUGGGCACCUGAACCCAAAGUCCUCACGGGCUACUCUGGAGAAGAUGUUGUCUUUUGGCAUUGUCUGCGGGAAAAUGUUUCAGUUCCAACUGCGGCGCCGCGGGACAUCGCGGUGGAGGUGAUCAACACCACUGUUCUGAGAGUUAGCUGGACCCCGGUUCCAUCUGCCACCGUCAGAGGUCAUCUCGGGGGCUACAAUGUUCACUGGGUGAGGAAGCACAGUCUGCUGAAUCCCAACAAGAUUUUUGAUGACCGCCAGUCGCUGUCCUUCACAGGGAAGAGGAGUCACGUCAUCGUACCGGGUCUCAAACCUUUCACUGAAUACAGACUCAUUGUGAGCGUUUUCAACAAGAAGGGCAAUGGGCCCAACAGUGACCCGGUCACCUUCAACACUCCAGAGGGAGUUCCUGAACAAGUGCCUAUCCUGACCGCCUCGAACGCACAGAAAGACUCCAUUUUGCUGGUUUGGGGACCCCCCCCGGAGGCGAAUGGCAUCCUCACUGGUUAUCUCUUGCAGCACCACCUCAUUAAUGAGACCACACUGGAGGUGGUUGACUCCCAGGAGACGAACAUCACUGGGGCUGACACCACUCAGUGGGAGCUCCACGGCCUGCAGGAGGGCAGCCUCUACCGCUUCCACCUCAGUGCCUGCACUCGAGCAGGUUGCGGACCUCCACUCGCCCAGGAGAGCAACACGGUCACUCCGGAACAUUUGUCCCUGACUCCAGCUGUGGCCCCUAUUCAGAGCACCCACAACUGCUCUCUCUCCUUUCCAACCUCUAUGCCAGGCAAUUCUACUCAUCUUUCCUUAGUUCCGGCCCUGGUGAACGUAAGCUCCUAUGUGAGUGACACCUUUGCCAAAAUCAGCUGGACUGCCAGAGAAGAGCAGCAGGACUCACAGCUUUAUGUGGCUUAUAUGAAUAACCGUGAUGGUAACUGGUGGAUUUCUGAAGCCGUAAACACUUCUCAAAGUUUCCACGUAAUUGAUGGGCUCACACCCGGGACGGUGUACACAGUGCGCCUCAUGGCCAAGGGACUACUUGAUAACGCUAGCAUUUUCGAGGACGUUAUCCAGACUCAAGUCAAAGGUGUGGAAGGUCAGCAGAGAAACUCCUCGACCCAGGGAUGGGUCAUUGGGACCAUGUGUGCUCUGGCACUCCUCACCCUUGUCGCACUCAUGGCUUGCUUUGUGCGGCGAAACAAAGGUGGCAAAUAUGCAGGUACGCCACCGCCGCGCCGGCGACCAGACAUGUUCUCCAUGGAAAAAGUGAAAGAGAAGGAGGACCUCCAUCCUGACGUCGAGUCACAAGCAAUGAAUGAUGACACCUUCUCUGAAUACAGUGACAGCGACGAGAAACCACUGAAGGGCAGUAGCCUGUGUUCCCUGAAUGGCAAUGACACAGUCGGGGACAGCGUCAGCAGAGACAGCCUGGGUGACUACGCCGAGAGUGAAGGGGAAUUCAAUGAGGACGGCUCAUUUAUCGGAGAAUAUUCUGGACGCAGGCACAGAGGUUCAGUGAGCGAGCCCAGCGGAUCCGGCCCAGUCACUGCAUAAAGCAUGGCUGCGGCUCAAACUGUCUACUUCAAAUCCUUUCAAGAGACUUUAUAAAUUCAGCAUCACUGGCAUUAAAUAUAGCUCCGAUAGCCAAAUGGAGGAACAAAGAUAUUUUUUUUUGAAGACUGGGAAGGGAAGAACACACCAGUCAUACACCUCAGUGGGAAAAACCAUGUGAGUCUUUGUACAUACUGUAAGAGAAUGGACUGUAUCGUUUGAAUGUUUAAAUUUCUUUUGGAAUAAUUUUAUUGAUGAUAAUAAAGAGCUUUUUUGUACCUAA